CAUUCGCGGCGCUAAUGUUCUCUCGCAGCAUUUCGCGUGUUGUUGCUUCUAAACCGAGUGUUCCUUUGGCGAAUAUUAACCGAUGCGAUCGUUUUACCGUGUGAAUUUUGCAAUUACUUGUGAUAUCGGUGUUUUUCCAGUGAAUUCCUCGUUCUCGUUGAAACAACAACACCGUGGUGUAACCCAUUGUUUCCCAAUUUUCUGAAUAGGUUGCUUUGUAUUGGCAGGUGUUUCAUUGUCAUAACGGAUGAAACGAAUAUUUUUCUCUGGAAAGGUCAUUUUACCUCGUCCGACAAACUGCCAAGUGCUCGUUGCUUUUUACCUACCCGAGGGAAACUGUUCGUUAAUGUAUAACUGCCGGCCGAUAGAACACAAUUUCAAAACUUGUGCGAAUAACGGAUUUCUAAUCAUCAAAACUGACUUUCGCCGAAGCGUAUUUUGAAUCGUAUCGAAAAACAAUGUGCAAUCGAAGGUAAUGAUUGUGGAAGAUUAAACUAUGGCCAAUAGAAAGGACAAAUCGUCGGCAGGUUUUCUGGACACAUGGUUCGGCCGACCAAAAAAAUCCGGGCGUGGAGGUGGGGUCAGAAGUGGUUCGGGAAACCACACGAUGCCCCGACCCCAUUCCGGCGAUGAUUUUAACGAGAUCGAGCAGCAUCGGUGCAUCAUCGAGAGGAUGGACGAGGAGGCUGUGAACGACAAGUUCGAGGAGAUGUUGGCGAACAUGAACCUGACCGAGGAGAAGAAGGAACCCCUGCGACAGCAGUCGGAGACCAAGAAGAAAGAGAUGCUGGUGCUGCAUUACAAAGGCAGCAUCCAGGAGAACAGGUCUAAGUUCGACAAGCCUGCGGACUACAUAACAUAUCUCGCGCAGCCCGAUCUUAGCGUGAACAAAAUCUAUAGCUGCAUCGAGUCCUUGAGGAUCGCGUUGACCAACAAUCCUCUCAGCUGGGUACAAGAAUUCGGCACGAAGGGAUUGAAACAGGUUUUAGCGACGCUCAACGAGUGUUACCGGAAUGCCUUCAUAUAUUAUGAUAGCGACAAUCGAUACGAGCGCAUACAAUACGAAUGCAUCCGAUGCUUAAAGGCUAUCAUGAACAACACCGUCGGCAUAAAGGAAAUGCUGGCCCAUCACGAGGCAUUGACGAUCGUCGCGAGAUCAUUGGAACCGACCAAACCGUCCGUCAUGUCCGAAGCCGUGAAGCUUCUCGGCGCGGUUUGCCUGAUUUCCAGCGAUAGUCACAAGAAGGUAUUGGAUGCGAUCACCAUGAACGGAGAGUUCAAGAGCAGAGAAAGAUUUCUACCGAUCGUUCAGGGUUUGAUGAAUAAGAAGAACGAAAACCUGAGGGUCGAGUGCCUUCAACUCAUCAACUCUAUCAUUUCCUCUACCGAAGAACUGGACUUCAGACUGCAUCUGCGGAACGAGAUCAUGCGAGUCGGUUUGGCAGAUAUUUUGGAGACGCUCGACAGGGACGAGUCCGAAGACCUGGCUAGACACUUAAAGAUCUUCAACGACCAUAAGGAGGAGGACUACGAGGAAUUCGUACAGAGGUUCGACCACGUGCGACUCGAACUCGACGACGUGAACGACUGCUUCGAAGUGAUCAAAAAUAUGGUAAUGGAGUCGUCGGCGGAACCGUAUUUCUUGUCGAUACUCCAGCACCUGCUUUUCGUUAGGGACGACGCGUUGGUCAGGCCCGCGUACUACAAACUAAUAGAGGAAUGCGUGUCGCAAAUAGUUCUGCAUCGUUCAGGAUGCGACCCGGACUUUAGCGCGACCAAGCGGUUUCAAAUCGACGUGCAGCCAUUGAUCGACACGUUGGUCGAGAAGUCGAGAGCAGAAGAAGAAAGACGGUUGAUCGAGGUGUCGCAGAAACUGGAGGAAGCUAUAGCCAGUAAACAGGAGGCCGAAGCGAAGCUCCAGCAUGCGGAGAACAAGAUCAGAGAACUGGAGCAAACCGGAGGGAAGCCUACCGGUGCCAGCAUGGUGAGCGAUCAUGGUUAUUUAUUGUUGUUGUUAGAAUUGCUUCUAAUUCCGACGGUUCUUUUACAGAUGCGUGGGCCAGGUCUAGUGCCUCAGGCACCACCUAUGCCACCUCCAUUUCCGGGCGGAUGCGCGCCUCCGCCACCGCCUCCACCUCCUCCACCUCCUGGUAUGGGGAUUCCAGGACCUCCACGACCACCUGCCAUGCCAGGAUGUAUGGGACCACCACCACCUCCCAUGCCUGGAAUGGGACCGCCACCUCCCCCCAUGCCCGGAAUGGGUCCGAUUCCUCCUCCCAUGAUGCCUGGCUUUGGUGCAGGACCACCUGCAAACACUACGCAGUCGCUGCCCUUGGGUCUGAAGCCAAAGAAGAAAUGGGAGGUCGAGGCACCAUUAAAGAGAGCAAAUUGGAAAGCGAUUCUACCGCAAAAGCUUACCGAGAAAUCGUUUUGGACGAAAGUGCAAGAGGAACGACUGGCGAGUCCUGAAAUUCUGGACGGUCUUUCCCAGAAGUUCGCGUCGAAGCCCAGCGGAAAGAAGAUCGACGACGUGGUAGACAAGUCAGUACCUGCGAAGAAAACGAAGGACUUAAAGGUUCUCGACAGUAAAGCCGCGCAGAAUAUCUUGAUUCUAUUGGGUGGCACUUUGAAGCACAUGUCGUACGACCAAGUGAAAUCCUGUUUGCUCAAAUGCGAGGGUCCGGUUGUGUCGGACAAUAUACUUCAGGGGUUGAUCCAGUAUUUACCGCCACCCGACCAGCUGUCAAAGUUGCAAGCCUUCAAGGAUCAAUACGACGAACUGACGGAAGCGGAGCAAUUCUGCGUAACCAUAUCGACGAUCAAGAGAUUGUUGCCGAGGUUGAGGUCGUUGAGCUUUAUGCUACGGUACGAGGAACUGGUGCAAGACGUGAAACCGGACAUCGUGGCCGGCACGGCGGCCUGCGAGGAGGUGAAGGAUAGCAAAAAGUUUGCCAGGAUUCUCGAGUUGAUCUUGUUGCUCGGUAAUUACAUGAACUCUGGUUCCAAGAAUGGCCAAGCUUUCGGUUUCGAGAUAAGUUUCCUAACCAAGUUGACUAGCACGAAGGACAUCGACAACAAGCAGACCCUGAUGCACUAUCUGGUCGACACGAUAGAAAAGAAGUUCCCCGAGUGCAUCAGCUUCCCCGAGGAAUUGGCGCAUGUGGACAGGGCGAGUCGGGUAUCGUUGGAGAACGUCCAAAGGACGCUGCGACAAAUGGAUUCCAACAUCCGGAACCUCGAGCAGGAUUUGUCGAAUGCUAAAGUGCCCCAAUCGGACGAGGACAGGUUUAUCGAAGUCAUGGGCCCGUUCGCGAAGAAGGCGCGCGAGUCUUACGAGGUCAUGCAGAAUAUGUUUAAGAAUAUGGAUAGCCUGUACACCGGGAUCUCCGAGUUCUUCUCGUUCGACAAACAGAAGUACACGAUAGAGGAGUUCUUCGGCGAUAUCAAAACGUUCAAAGACGACUUUAUGCAAGCGCAACGGGAGAUAAUAAAGUUACGGGAGGGGGAGGAGAAGCAGAGGAGGGCACGGGAGGCGCGGGAAAAAGCGGAAGCCGAGAAAGCGGCCCGUGCGGCCCGCAAACGCGCCCUCGUCGACAUGAACGCUCACGAGACGCAGGAGGGCGUCAUGGACAGCUUGAUGGAGGCUCUUCAAACUGGUUCCGCGUUCAGUAGACCGGAUCAACGCCGCAAACGUCAAGCACGCGCCGCUGGUGCAGAGAGAAGGGCUCAGCUUAAUAGGAGUCGAUCGCGUACAGGAUUAGUGGGGACUGGUUUACUGGGAAGAGAACUUUCGACAGAACUUUUAAGCUCGGCAUAAUCCAUGGAAUACCCUGUUUCCGUCCUAAAAACUCGAAACUGUGAUGGAUCGAAUCGUCGUUUAUCGUUCGUUCGACACGCCUGUAAAGAGAAUACAUAAUUUUAUACGAUGGGGGAAGAGUCGUGUCCAGUUCUGUUCGGGCGAAGUCUUUCUUCCGGGCCGGUUGGAACGAUCGAGAGAUCGUGUUCUAGAUCAUUGUCCAUUUGGAAAAAAAAGAGGCUCGAAGGGGCGGACCGCAGAAGAAGGAAGCGACCGCGACGAGUACGUUUUUGUAGGCUUUUUCGAACAAUCGUUCUCAUCGAAGCUGCGAUUCCGCGCGCGAGCCGAACCUAUUCCAUUGUUCCACGAUCACGGGACGAUGUACAUAUAGAAAUGUAUCGAUCUUUAUUGUAUAUGUAUAAACGACGGCGAAGACCGAGCGAUCGGCGACACAGACGGACACGUAGCAAAAGUCGCGUUUCACGGAACGCUUGUUCGGCUUCCUUUCGGCGACGUCCGUGAAAUCGAUCCCGCCGUGCGAUGCACGUAAACGUCUUCCGAAACUUCCAGACCCGUGCCAAAUACCCGUGGCGGAGAAACACGCUCGCACCGAUUCCAUCGCCGGUCUCGAUCUCGGUUUCAAGCGUUGCCGUAAGAGUCGCGAGAAACGCUCACGGUCAAUUUUGUGACGGGAUCAAUUUCAUUCUUUUCGAUUCUAGUGAUCGACGACUGUUUAUAUUGUAUGUAUAAUAACGUUGAAUUUUAAGACGAAAAUUGUAUCUAUAUUGUGAAUAUGUGAUUUUAGAUAGCAACAAUACAUUGCGACCUUUACAAUCGAU